UACUCGACAGGCAGGCAACAUACAGCUGCUAAACCAAGUCGACGUCCUGUCAUCGCAUUACAAAAAGUCGUAUGAAACUUUACUGCGACUGUGGUUGAUUGCAACGAAUCUCGUAAUCAUCUCAUAAACAAAAAAAAACUAUAAAAAGUGGGAUGUUUCCCUCCCAACACCAUUCAGACUGCAAAUAAUCAUUUGUCUGCUUAUUGGCACGUCCAGCAGACGGCUUAGCUUUGUUUGGGGCAUGUUUUUAAAAAGUUGAGACCACACUAGCGAACGCUGUUUUAGACAAACGUCUGCGAUAACAACACUACGCAUUUCGGAACUAUGUCAACGAGAUGGUACCCUCUUUACCAGCGAGGAAAUCCUCAGCUCAGAGUGUUUUUACCGAAUUUCUGGAUGAAGGUAGUGAAACCCAAGGAAGAAGUUCCACCUAAUGUUGUGCACUUUCACGUUUCCAACGAAAUGACUGAAUAUGAUGUCCGAAACUAUUUGAAAAAAAUCUAUAAUCUUCCGGUUGUUGCUGCCAAAGUAGAAAUGAAAAACGGUAAUAUUGUGAAAAAUAUUAAGGGAUUUGUCACAAAAGAAAAUGAUUAUAAAGUUGCUUAUGUAACCAUGGAGAAGAAUUUCAAGUUCACUUUCCCUGACGUGCCUCUUAAGCCUGGAAUGGAACUGCUGAAGCAGAGUCAAAAGGAUAAUGAGAAGACUAAAAAAGCACUAACAGAAAAAUAUCAAUAUAGGCCUGGACUCCCCGGCUGGUUCCAACAAUAAAGUAGAAUAAUAUGUUAAAUAAAUAGUCAGAAAUCUCAUAAA